AUGAUAGUUACUAGGAGACGGUGGCUGUCUUUGGGUUUGAGUGUAGUCGCGGUGGUUUUUUGCUGUUUUGAGUUUCUCGGGAAUGUUGAGGAGAAUAGAGGGUUGAAAAGUGAGAAGAAUAGAAAAAUUGUAGCGUUUUCAUUGAAGAAACAGAUUGAGAUUGAAAGUGAAGAAGUGGACUGUAGUGGUGGGGUUUUGAUUGAGGAAAAGUCGGAAAAUUUGGAAAAUGAAAAGUGGACUCAAUUAGAUGGAACAAAUAUUUUUAUUUAUUCGAUUUACUUAGAUCGGAGAUUGGAGCCGCAUCACUAUCUGAGGAUAAUGACAAUGGUGAAAGGAACCCCCAGCAAGAAUCUUUUUUGCCAAAUUGCUACAUCUGAUCACCACUACCACGUGACCAAAGCAGUAGUAACAAAAAUUUGGUCAGAAUCAUGGAAUCAAAACGACACUCAUUUGUACUUCAACCCCUACCUCGUAUCUUGCCAUUUACCCUUAAAUAAAACCUCGGUUUAUCUCUCCCUUAACAAAGACCCUUGUCGAAUUUCACGUCAAAAAUUUAUAAUAAAAACUCCCAAUGUGGAGGAAUUUCGAACCUCCUUCGCGGUAUGUGUAAAACCUCUAAAUUUUCCAAACGACAUUUCCGAACAUCUUCUUCAGUGGAUUACUAUAAACCGAAUCCUGGGGGCUGGAAAAAUCGAGUUUUACAUUGAGACUCUCCAAAAGAAGACUCGCAAAAUUCUUGAAACUCUCGGGAAGUACUCAAACGGUGGUUUAACUCUCCACGACCAUAAACAGAUCGUUCAAGAGCCAACUUUCGAGCACUCAACCCACAUUUGGCAAAAACGACGUUACGAAAUCAUCGCCUACAACGACUGCCUUUACCGCAACAUCCACACGUCACACUUUGUAAUUCCUCUCGACAUAGACGAAAUAAUUGUACCAAGACAUGGAAGCACGUGGGCGGAAAUUCUUAACAGGACUGAAGACACUUUUGCUUCGUUUACUGUUAGAAAUGCCUAUUAUCUCCGCCAUUUCAACGUGAAAAAAUCAAAAGAGAAAAUUUUUUUCUUCAAAAGGACAAUCCGGAGUGAGUUUAGUGAUGAGGGAGAGUCGGGUAAAAGCUUUGUUUCGACGAAGAAUGCCUUGACAGUGUUCAAUCAUUACGCUUUAAGGAGUUUGAAACCGGGAAUUGGAUUGGUAAAGUUUUUAAAUGAAAGUUUAGUGCAAAUGAAUCAUUAUAAAGAUGACUGUGAUAUUGUGAUAUUGCCGGAGUGUGCCAAAUAUUUGUCUAGUCCUGUGAGGAUUGUUGAUAAUGUUAUUUUUAAAUAUAAGAGAUUAUUCUUUUCAGAGUAUGAAAAGUUGUUAAGAUUGAUUUUGUAAAAUUUUUAGUUAUUUAAAGAUUGGGAAUUAGUUUUAUUCAAAUCGUAUGUUAUGUUGACAUUUUUAACCUUGCCGAUAGUUGGAAAGUGUCACAUUACUGACCUUAUAGAAGCUAUUACCUACUUCCAUUACCACCCUUGUUUUCUAGUCCCACUGUUGCCACAUUUAAAAAAAAUUAAAACAAACUCACAACGCAUGUUUUAUUGAUUCAUUUAUCUAAACGAUCCAUACGGCGACAUACGUUUUUCUAAUGCAAAUUCUUGUUCAAUGAACAAACACAUCAUAAACUUUUGUUUAUAAUUUAAUCAGCAUCAGUGGGAUCUCCUUGUCAUACAAUUUUGUAAAAAAAAUAAUUAAUCAAGUGUAAUUUUGCUGUCAUAAUCCUGAGACUCAAAUAAAUUUUGAUAUUUUUGUUAAAUCACAAUUUUCAAAAUACCUACAAAUACCUAUCAUUUUCUUACCUAAUUUUUAGUUAAGUAAAAUACAGGGUGUCCCAGGGACGUGAAAAAGUCCAUUAGUGACCUUUAAGUGGUAAGAUUAAAAAAUAUAUAUACAGGCUGUUCGGUCUAAGUCGCCCCGG